AUGGUGCUGUAUAAGCUCCAUGUAUCGGGGAAUUGGUCAGAUCGGGUCGACCUCACGUUCUUCUCGGACGGAUACACAAGACAUGAAAAGGACACGUUCCUCAAGGAUGCUAAGCGCCUUACGAAGGAUAUCGUCUCCCCCGGAGGAGCUAUGGCGCACGUCGCGCACUUGUUGAACGUAUAUGGGGUCUUCGUACCUUCCAAUCAGUCUGGUAUAGGCAGCCAUGACACACCACUCAACGGCUCAGCGUUCGGCCUGUAUCGACCCGGACCGGAACUUCGAGGUGUAUACGUGAAUCACCCAAAGCGCGCGAGGGCGGCUUGCCGAUAUUGGCGGGAACGUGGCGCGAUGGGCCAGGUGGGAGGGUGUGAUCAGCCUAUACUCCUUGUAGGGAACGACCCGUUGUAUGGCGGUCUUGGUGGAGAGUUCACAAUCAUCACCGCUUCGAAGCUUAAUGGUCCCCUUGUACUGCGGCACGAACUGGGGCAUAGUCUGAUAGAAGUCGGCGAGGAGUACGAGGGCGGCUAUGUCUACUCUGGGGUCAACUCGGACAAGGUCGACCACCUAUCCAAGCUGAAAUGGCGGGACAUGCUCUCGGAGCCAGACAAGCUCAAGAUCGAAAACAUCACCGUCCCUCUGCAGGCCUACCCAUGGCACGACCUCUCCGCCUCUCCGUAUUCUAUCAACUUCAACGCCUCAUCCACUCCCUUACAUAUCUACCCUACAGCCCUCCUCCGGAUGUCCAUGUCCUCCAUCCCUCACCCCCACCACGUCGACGUAAGGCUAAACGGCGAGCUCUUGGAUCUCGACUCUGCCUUCUCAGGUGGGAAGUGGAAAGGGUCGAAAGAUCGACGAUGGGUCGAAGUACCGCUCCCGGAUGGGCUGGCGAGGCGGCGAGGAGAGGUUUCGGUGGAGUUGACGAAAGCGGGCAAGAAGGAGCCGGCGGGGCAGGGCGGUAAGAUGAUCACUAGUGUGGAGAUCAUCGAGUAUGGGCCAAGCGAUCGGUGUAAUCUGACUGAGGGGUUUAUCGGGGCGUUCCCUACGUAUGCGAUGGACGGGGGGAUGACGCUGCGGCCGACGAAUGAGGCUUGCUUGAUGCGCAAGGUCAAUCAUCCUUCUUUCUGCCCUGUCUGCGCCAAAGGGCUGGAAGCGGCUCUUCACCGCCGCAUUCAACGCAAAUUAAAGGACGUCUUGUAG